UUCAUGGAAGCCAUGUCUGUGACCUCUUCUGCUACUUCCUCCUUCUUUUCAAUCUCACUCAACCCCUCCGCCGCCUCAAAACCAACCUCUUUCCGGCUUCAAUCGCAUCUAUCGUUAUGGAAACCCAUCAGAUGCAUCCAAUCCCACAUCCCGGAUUCAAACUCUGUGAAACCAAAUCCUCGAAACUCUGCUUCCUGCUUUGGUUGCUCUGCUCUCACUUUCUCGUCGUCGCAAACCGCCGAGCUGGCUUCUUCGAAGCUCCAGUGUUUAGUUGAUGAAUUUCGAGCUUUGCCUGAGCCCAUCGACCGCGUCAAGCGUUUGUUGCACUACGCGAACCUUCUUCCGCCUUUGGAGGAUUCGGCCCGCGUCGACUCGAAUCGGGUCAUGGGAUGCACUGCGCAGGUUUGGUUGGAAGUGAGAAUCGACAGGGAAGGGAAGAUGAGAUUUGCGGCUGAUAGUGACUCGGAAAUCUCAAGGGGGUUUUGCUCGUGCUUGGUUUGGAUGCUCGACGGGUGCGUGCCAGAGGAGGUUUUGAAGGUGAAUACCGAUGAUUUGGUGGCUCUUAAUGUCGGUUUACCUGGAAGUGAACGUUCAAGGGUAAAUACUUGGCAUAACGUUCUGAUUAGCAUGCAGAAAAGGACAAAGCAAUUGAUCGCAGAGAGGGAAGGUAAACCGCCCUUUGAGCCUUUUCCCUCCUUAGUCGUGGCUGCUGACGGAGUUCAUCCUAAGGGCAGCUACGCCGAAGCUCAGGCAAAAUACCUUUCACCAGAUGAGUUAAAAGUUAGUGAACUUGUCAGUGUGCUCAAGGAGAAGAAAAUUGGUAUUGUUGCACACUUCUACAUGGAUCCUGAAGUUCAAGGCAUCUUAACUGCUGCCCAGAAGCAGUGGCCUCACAUCCAUAUAUCUGACUCGUUAGUCAUGGCAGAUUCAGCUGUCAAAAUGGCAAAAGCUGGGUGCCAAUUCAUAACAGUGUUAGGUGUAGAUUUUAUGUCAGAAAAUGUGCGUGCUAUCCUUGACCAAGCUGGUUUUGACAAGGUUGGUGUGUAUAGGAUGUCAAAUGAACGUAUUGGUUGCUCUCUGGCUGAUGCUGCUUCUACUCCUACUUACAUGAAAUAUCUGGAGGCAGCUUCUGGGUGUCCUCCCUCCUUGCAUGUGAUAUACAUAAAUACUAAGUUGGAGACAAAAGCAUAUGCUCAUGAACUUGUUCCAACAAUAACCUGUACUUCAUCAAAUGUUGUUCAGACUAUUCUACAGGCUUUUGCUCAAAUACCUGCUUUGAACUUAUGGUAUGGACCUGAUUCCUACAUGGGUGCAAAUAUUAAGGAGUUAUUCCAGCAGAUGGCAGAAAUGACCGAUGAUGAGAUUGCUGAACUACAUUCGGAGCACAAUCGAGACUCUAUAAGAUCAUUAUUACCCCGGCUUCACUAUUAUCAAGAUGGAACGUGCAUUGUACAUCAUCUUUUCGGGCAUGAAGUUGUGGAAAAGAUAAAAGAAAUGUAUUGUGAUGCAUUCCUUACUGCGCAUCUUGAGGUCCCUGGAGAAAUGUUUUCCUUGGCUAUGGAAGCAAAAAGAAGGGGAAUGGGUGUCGUAGGCUCCACCCAGAACAUUUUAGAUUUUAUAACGAACAGGGUUCAAGAAGCAUUGGAUAGAAAUGUAAAUGAUCAUCUCCAAUUUGUUCUAGGAACAGAAUCUGGGAUGGUAACGUCAAUUGUAGCAGCAGUACGUAAUUUGUUAGAGCCUGCAAAAUCAUCUUCUCAAGGAGCAAAAAUUACAGUUGAAAUCGUCUUUCCAGUUUCAUCAGACUCAAUCUCAAGAACUUCCUCAAGCUUACCCUCAAGUCUACAAUCCAUGGUUGGUGAUAUUGUACUUCCUGUUGUACCUGGAGUAGCUAGUGGGGAGGGUUGUUCCAUUCAUGGUGGCUGUGCAUCCUGUCCAUACAUGAAGAUGAAUUCUCUUGGUUCACUUCUAAAAGUAUGCCAUCACCUCCCUGAUAAGGAAGGUGCCCUUUCGGAAUACAAGGCAGAAAGAUUUACGUUGCAGACUCCAAAUGGAAAAUCAGUAGCAGAUAUAGGAUGUGAGCCGAUUUUGCACAUGAGGAACUUCCAGGCUACCAAAAAGCUUCCGGAGAAGCUAGUCAAUCAGAUUCUUGAUUCCUAACUCCUAAGACAGUGGAGGUUUUAUGUCAAAAAGUUGAAAAAAGCAGUGAAGGCGAAGACAGAAACAUGUGCUGCUGACUUGUAAACAAUCCUAAAUGGAAAAAUUCUUGAUCCGUGCAAGGACUUUUCUUAUAGCGUGGUUGCUACAGUCAGGAUCUGUUGUAUGAUUAUUAUGUUUCAUGUAGGGAGUUUCUAACAUGGGUUACUUAGAAUGGCCAUGAAAUAUAGUUUGCUUUCGGAUAAAGAGGAAUGUAAUAAAAGUUUUGGUUGCUAAA